AUGGAUUCUUAUCCCUAUUCACUCCCUCACGGAGUUCACCAAAUCCCCCUCGACCAGCUCGACACCCGUCCAGAUGCCCAGAUCGACCGGGAUCUGACCACUUCCACCCCCGUCAAAGAUGAGAAAAACAUUUGGUUCUUCUGGCACUCGGGCUACGAGACCAUGCACCCGUACACCAAGCGCAACGUCCGCGCCUGGUAUCGCCGCUUCUCCGAACGUGGCUGGGCCAUCCGCGUCCUCGAUCGAUGUCCCAACUCCCCCCUCAACGUCGCCAAUUUCCUCGACGUCAACGACCCCGCUGUCUUCCCGCGGGCGUUUAUCGAUGGAACCAUCGGCGGUCACCACAUUGCUCAACAUACCUCGGACCUGGUCCGGUUUCCCUUACUCGUCCAACACGGCGGAGUCUACGCCGACGUCGGGCUCUUGAUGAUCGGGGAUCUGGAUCGAUUGUGGACAGAGACGGUGGCUAAUCCGACCUCGUCCAAGGAGGUGAUUUCGUUCCGCUUUGAGAAUCUGGGAUUGACGAAUUACUUUCUCUGUGCGCGGCGCAAUACCGCCUUCUUCGACCGGUGUCAUCGGUUGUUUUUGAAACUGUGGGAGAAUAAGACUUCUACCGAGGGAAUGUGCAAGUCCCCACUGUUAAAGGGGGUGCCGAUUCUCGAAUCACCCAAGGGUUUCGAAAAGGAUGGGAAAACAUAUACCAAGGACGAAGCCAGUCACAUCUUAACCGACUAUAUCACCCAGGGCCAGGUCAUCUCGCUUGUCAUGGGUCUGGUCGACGAAGAAGAGCAGUGGAAUGGGCCCGCGUACGCGGCCAAAUGCAUCUACGCCAUCGAUUACAUGGUCGGAUCGCAACUGAUCAACGAGAUGACGGCGUGGAAUGGCCCGCGCGCCUUUGAACUGAUGUCGCUCUCGCUGCCUGGGGAGAACGAACCGGAGUCGGCGGAUCAGCAGCAGGCGCGAGAGAUUGUCGAGGCUUGCUUGAGGAGGAGCUUUGCGUUCAAGUUGGCGCAUGGAUUGAUCUUGACGAUUCUGGGAGAUACACUGGGAUCGCUGUGGAGGAAACAUGAGGGAUCGGAUGAUGUGCCGUAUACGUAUGCGCACUGGUUGAGAUAUGGGAUUUUGCAUUGGACGCCGGAUGAGAUGCCGUCGGCGAUGGAAUUCGGUCCUGUUACACCGUUCAAGGUCGGACCGUUGCUGAGGGAUGAGUGA